GUGACGGCCAUAUUUGCCGGUGCUGCUCUGCUGUAAACAAAAAGUGUCUGAGAGAGACAGAGACGCUUCAGUGAAUUUCAGGACAUUUUUAUUUCUUUAAUUUAUAAUGUCUCUGGGCAUGUCUUACAAACCCAACCUACACCAGCACAUUCCGGGAACUUCCGUGAACCAGGUUGGAAACAUCCAUUCCCCGUCAACAAGUUUCGCAACACUACAAUCUUACAGACCGCUUGUAAAUGACUACGGAGCCCCUUCCUUGGCCUUUUCGCAGCCGACAAGUGGAAACCAAGUGCCUCAGAGUAAAUAUGCAGAACUUUUAGCUAUCAUAGAAGAACUGGGCAAAGAGAUCAGACCAACAUAUGCUGGAAGCAAAAGUGCCAUGGAGCGGCUAAAACGAGGGAUCAUUCACGCUAGAGGGCUGGUACGAGAAUGUCUGGCAGAAACGGAGAGAAAUGCAAGAUCCUAACUACUGAAGUAAGGCCUCUCCACACUGAAGACUGAACGGAGUUCAGCACCUUUCAGUUCAACUGUUCCUUCACUGUUCCUUCAAAACAGUUCAGAAGAAACACCCUUAAUGUAAAAAGUUAACAUCUGGCUUGGGGAAUGCAAAAACUGAAAUCAAAGACCGGUAUAUGAAAUAUACUUGACAAGAACUUCGAGGUUUUAUUUGUGUUCCCAUUUGGGAAUUUCUGAAUUUCAUGACUGCUUAUAUAUAUAGAUUAAAAAUUGGAAAAAAUAAGUGACUUUGCAUGCAAGUUAGUAAAUGCUCCAAGUUAACUUUAGAAAUUGCAUGGCUUGUACAGGGUUAGACUGUAGAAAGGGGCAUUUAGUAAUGGACUAGGCUCUUAAGCUCAGACAUUUUUCACACACUAAUAUGUAGGUGACUGAGAAAAAUAAUAGUGCCAAAUACUGU